AUCUUUCGAUUACUUUCGGAAAUACAGAAGGCGAUUCCUCCAGAAGAACAUGAAGGUCGAAGUAUUUAUUUUAGGCUUUGCUAUGGUCGUAGUGGCCGUGAAAACUCAAGAAAUGACAAUACCUGUUGGUCUAGAUGGAAAAGAUACGUUAACUACAAUUAGAAAUAUAGAUGCACAGGGCAACUAUGACAUGGGCUACAACGAGAACCAGCUGACGGGUGGGGCAUCAUUUUAUAGAGAGAAAGGUUACAUCAACGGUACCCGUACCGGAUCUUACGGUUACACCACAAGAAACGGUCUAAUCCGGAUUGUUACAUAUGUCGCUGACGAAGCCGGAUAUCGAGCUGAAGUUCUCACCAACGAGCCUGGAGUGAUUGCCUCCAAUCCGGCAAGUGUAAUUAUAACAAAAGAGCAGGAGCCGGACCCUGUUGCACUGGCUCUCGGACCCACUGGAGUACCACUACAACAGUCACCUUCACCUGCUGCCAGUUCAUCAGUUACUUAUGUGUCCGACAGUGAUCCAGUAAAAGAUUAUGUGGUGGCCAGUGGUGGUGGCAGUCAAGGUUCUGCUCAAGUAAAUGUGGGGUCUCCUUUUGGACAAUAUCAAUAUGUUAUUUAGGAGACAAUGAUUGAAAACGUUAUAAGGAAGUCAAAGUUAUGAUGGAUUUCUUUUAAACAUUUCUGAAUGAAUUACUUGAUGGAGGAUUUUUUGGGUAUUUAUUUCUGAAAUAAUCUUUGGUUGUUCACAGACAAGACAGUUGCUGAUAGGACAUUCCUUUUCUAAUGCGAAAACCUUCGUUGCGAAUUUGUUUUUUUUUUUUAUCUAAACCCUUCUCAAAUGCAUAUUUUCAAAUAGUCACCGGUGUAAGGCCGGAGGGCUGAGGGGUGUCGGAGAUAAAUUAAAAAAGAUAUUAUUAAACUAAUUAACAACUGAAAGGUGUAAAAAUUAUAAAUUCUAUGAAUUAUAAAAUAAUGCCUUUUUUUGACAAUUUAGCAGAUUACAUCCACUUAGUUAUUGUAGCAUGUAUAAACACUGAGCGUCUACUUAAAUAACAUUACAGUACAAACUCUAAUGUCUACCAAUUAGGAAUCAUAAUAAAUGAAUAAACAAUAGGAAAUAUAUAUGUUUAUAAAGUUACCAAAAUAAAAAAGAUAGCCUUCAACAUAAUAAUAACAUGUUAAUUUAGUUAAAACGGUGCUUAAAUACGAAGAAAAAUUGAUUAUAAUAUUAAUAAAAAGGCCCACUGAUACAUUGCCUCACUACAAAGGCUAUACUACCUUACUGCCUAGAGCCUUAAAAUGCUUGAAUCUUCUGACUACCGCUGACUCUUCUGACAAUUAAAAUUAAAUUUCAAUUUUCAAUAGUAUUAGAUUGUUAUAUAAUUGCUUCACUAAGAUAGCAUUUCACAAUACGCUCAAAGGGAGGAAUGCUGAGAAAUAUUAAAUAAAUAUGAUUGUUCUAAUUGCAAACAAUCGCAGUUCUAGAUGUAUUUUACUGAUUAAUGAUAUGAUAUUCCAAAGAACAUUAUAGUUACUUAUGAAAUUACAUUUCUAUUGCUAAGCAGUAUGUUCACAUGCCAGCGACUGUACUUAAAACCUUACAUAUCUAUUUUUAAUUAUUGUUUUAAGUGAAAUGUAUUGUUCUAAAUAAUUGUAUAUGGUUCUUAUUGAAUAAAAAUUAAUAAACUAA